AUGCUGAAGCUGAUGGAUCAGAAGGUGACUCAUGAGCAGCUAGCAGAUCGCUUCAAGUGCUCGGAACGGUUGGUCCGGGAUGUGAAGAAGAACAGGAAGAAGUACGAGACCGAGGCUGCUGCAGGACGCGGAGGAAGCAAGAAAAACGUGCGCACAGGCAAUAAUCCGGAGGUGGACGCCAUAGCUCUUGACCUACUAGAGAAAGCCCGGAAGACCAAGAUGCCCGUCACGCGCGACGUCCUUCGAAGCUUCGGCCGUGCCGCCAGGGCAACCCUGCUGGCUGAUCCAGCAGCUUCUAAGGAAGUGAAGGCGAGGGUCGAGGAUUUCAAGGCCGGCGAAAGGUGGGCCAGGAACUUCGUGAAGCGCAACAUCAUCGACAGCGUGAGACUUCAUGGAGAGGCUGGUAGCGUCAACAAGGAGGCCAUCAAGGAAGCCAUGGAAGAACUCCGCAUCGAACCCGGAAAGCCGCUCCUGGAGGAAGCGGUGAACGCGAUUCAAGGGUGGGCUACCAUCGAGGACGACGAUGAAGUGGUUGAGGCUCUCAGAGAGGAUACGGUGGAAGACAUGACGGCACAGCUGGCUGGGACUCGAGUGUCUACCGGCCGCGAGGAGGAGGACGAGGAGGAGGACAGCGGCGAUGACAACACGGGGCUCGCGCGCCGUGUCCCACCGGCUUAUGGUGAACUGUCGUCUCACUUCGGCGUCCUGGAAGCGGCAGCAGAGGAGAGCGGCAAUGGAGACGCGGCGCUCUACCUAGCGAAAGCGAAGAUGGCGAUGAUUGCAGCGCAUUCCAAGAGGCGGGUGCGCCAGGCAGACAUGAGGGAGUUUGUUGCUACGGAGUAA